CCCUCCUUCUUGUCCACGAGGUUGAUUUGGCUCCAGAUAUAAACACAGGGCUCCUCUCUGUCCGCGCUGCGCUCCCCACAAGUCCGCGGUCCUACUUUAGUCUCCUCGCGACCAGCAGGCAGUUUGCUCCGCGAGACCGAGGAGCGGGAGUAAAACAGGAGGAGACGAUCCCUGGCACAUUCAUCAGGAUGGAGGUAACAACGAUGUGACGGAUUCUCCAUCCAAGCCGUCUGUGGCUGAGCUGGCUGGAAGGUUAAAAGGUCAUAUUCUACCAAUGCCCGGCUCAAAUGAGGAGUUGCCAUUUCGUAGAAGACCUCCAUGUUCCCUGAAGUUGCAAAAUCAAAAGGAUGAUAAUGAAGAGUCAGACACAACCACUGUCUCACCAAAUCCCUUUAAAAUCAAGAUGAAGAACUCCCCCAUCAUUGAGAAACUUCAGGCCAAUCUUGCUCUGUCACCCACUGCUCUGCUACCUACACCCAAGAGUCCUGAGGUGAAGCUCCAGCCGGCACCGUUGUCCCCCACCACACCCUGCAGCCCGCUGAGCCCCCUGAGCCCCACCCUUCAACCCUCACAUGUUUGCAGUGAAGAGGAGGAUCUCGUCAGCUUCAAAAACCCACCUGAAGGCACCCCGCUGCCAAGCAUCAACAAGACUCGUGCACGGCUAUCAUUCAAGAGGCGCCUGCCCACGAGACAGCACAGGAGGUCAGCUGCAGAGGAGGGGGGAGCCUUUGCGAGUGCUCCGUCUCCAAGUGAACUGUACAGCCCAAAGGAAAAUGGGGACCAGGAGCAGGUUUUCGACAGCCCAGCAGAGGAAGCCGAAUGUGGACAGCCAGUAAGUCUGAAAGAAGCUGAAGAGAAAGACAGGGACUGUGAAAAAACAGAGGAUGGGGUUGCAAAGAGUGACCCAGACAGCAGGAGAGAUCCGGAGGAGGGGCAGGAAGCAGAACAAGCCCAGAGCUUGGACACUUUGGAGGAGGAACAGCAGCCAUCAGAGCCUUGCACGGCCAAGCAGAUACAGGCCAAUAUUAAGACAGAAGAGGGGCAGCAGGAGAUGGCUCAAGAGGAACACCAAGGAGGAAAUGGCCGGGUGUGAGCUGUGAAUUUUUAUAAAAAUAAAAAAUAUAAAUAUAUAUAUAUGAAUAAGUUAUUCAGUGCUUUGAUUAAGAGAACUCUUUGAAAAACAUGCCUCAGAGGAAGUUUAUCUGUUUUAAAUGUCUUGGUACCUGCUCUCUUUUAAGUCCUUCUGUCGCCCCCUCCUGGCCACCUAUAGAACAGGUCUGUGAAGACUGGAGGGUAAUGAGAAGCAGCUGUUCUCUGCAUAUGGAAAUAAGCAUCACAGUUGAUACUGUAUCCAUUAUCUGCGGGAGGAAAUUUGUGUCAUGUUGUACUAAGUCUGCGUGACCAGACUCCUGUUUUUAUGACAAAUAUAUAUAUUUUUCAUUGCCGAGAUUUGACAUAAGUCAAAGACAUUGUUACAAUGCAAUUCCAAGUCAGAAGUCUCUGCCAUGUCAGGACUUUGGAAAUACUGGGAUGACAAAAAUAGUAUUAGAUUCACAUUAGUAUAUGUUAGCAGGUAUAUAAAAUGUUCUGACACCAUACCAAAUCACUAUCACUUUAGGUUGAAAUUAUGUAAUUUGCUUAUUUAGUUUCUGUUGAUGUAUAUUGGUCUAUUUAUCUGCUUGUCUAUUAUUUUGUGUACAACAAAAUAUCUAAAUCACAGGGCGACUGUUGAGUAGCUCGGGUCCUCAGCAGUUACGCACAGAAAUGUUAAGAAAAUAAACAGCCUCCUUCUAAUGUAAGAAAAAGGUUGACAUGUCUUUGUCAAAUGUUUGGGUUGACAGAAUCAGUGAGUCUGUAUUGAAUGUCAGUAAACACUUCAUGCUUCGUGUCAUCUCCUGACACAGUUGUUUGUUUAAUGCACUGUCUUCAGCCAGAUAAGGCCCAAAAAGUACAGUUUUGUAGUUUUUGGUUGUUGAUGAUAAGGGAUAGCGCUGUCAAAAUGCAGAUUUGAAGGCCCCUGCAAGCCUAUUGAACACCCACACAGGUGAUUUUAAUUAUUCUCCUUCAUUAGACCUCUUCUCAGGGCUGUGUUUGUGUGUUUCUCAGCAUGUGUCACUGGAGCACCAGCAGGGAUAGUUUCCUCUGACCAGGUCUCGUGUCCUCACUGACCACGAAGAUGAACCUAGUAAAGUAAACACAGGGGGAGUUGUGACUCAGAACUAAGUUGUAAAAGCUUACAAAAGUGCUCCUUCAUAUUGGUAACUUCACCAUAACAGGACAGUUGGCAGCACAGUUUGUGUGCACUAUAUGUCUAUGUGAACGUGCAGACAAUAUAAACUACAAAUGCAAAACAACAAGUGGAUAUUAAAAUGUCUCAGAAAGCUCAACAAUGCAAGAGAUUCCACAUUUUCCUUUGUGCUAAUAAUAAUGUUGAUACUGAAGUGUUGAAGUCUCUCUCAGUCACACUUCUCCUGUCUGGUCACUAUGGAAGGUGUACCCUAAGAGAGUGGAAUCAGUCAACCUGUAACACCUGCGCCAGUUAAACCCCUGGCACUGCUCCCAUGAGCCCUUCCCCCAUCACCCUCCUGCAGCUGAUUCCCUGUUUACACCUGGCAUUAACAUGCGUCUUGGGUGAUCCGAGGACAGCCGAGACACAUCAUGUUCACACCUGUGUCUGUCAUGCAUCUCCAAGGUGUCCAGCUGACCACUUGGAAAAGCCUGUACAUGUUUUUUUUAGCUUUUACAUGUUUGCUUUGCUAGCUGUUAACCUGUGUGAAACAAACAUUGCACCACGUAAUAACUGUGCAUGGGGCCCUUUGACUGUGUAGCAGAAGUGACAUAGGCAGUAAGGAAACCUGAACACAAGUGGUCAGCUGGACACCUUGGACACGUAUGGUAGACGCAGGUGUGAACGGCUAUGUGUCUCAGAUACCCACCCAAGAUGCAUGUUAAUGACAGACUUAACAGGGUCUGAACCACACCCCAUGACCACAAUCUGGGUCGCUGAAUGUUAAACUAGAAUAAGUUUCCUAUAUAUUAUUUAAAUCAUAGCAGUGUUUUGAUUUGUUUAAUAUAUGUUUAAGGGGGGCAGAUGCAGCUCGUUUGACAAUUAACUGUGUUUUGUAAUAAUAAUGUCAAGAAUAGUAAUUAUUUAUUUACAUACAUUGUUUAUAUGGCAGUAUGUAUGAUCAAAGCAUGAUCCCAGACUAGGCUCAAGAUUUCAAGGCUAAGCCCCGGAUCUCCUCUGACCCUUGAAUUCCUCUGCAAACUUAAUAGAUUAACAGCUUCAGAUGUCUUGCACCUGUUAGAGUAGGUUGGACAAAUUACACCUUGAUAGCUCUUUGUACACGGAGUCACAUCAUUUUCCUAUUCGCAUUUGCCUGUGUUCAACCUGAGCUGAGGUCUAAUUAGAAUAACUGAAAACGCCUGUGUGCAUGCAGGGCCUUUAAAAUCAAAAGCAAUAAGAUAUUCUAUUAAACCUUAAACAUAUUAAAUCAUUUUGAAGAAAUCAGAGUACUUAUUAAAAUUAAUUUACUCUGAUAUCUUUAUGUAUGAUCUGAUCUUUUUAUGCCUAUGCCUGCAGGCAUUAGAACCAGAAUGACAUAAAAACUACAAAAACAGAUUUUCACCACUGAUCUCUGUUCAUCUCUACUGGUUAUUUAGAAUUGAAGUGAUUACAAUAAUGGGAAAAAUGUAUCUAUGUCCGCUGUUAUUGCCAAUUUACACCAAAAUUGCAGCUUAACUUGAAUGUGUAUUAUGUAAAACAAAGCAAACAAACAACAAAAUUUCUUUAAUCAGAAUCAAAUGCUUUAUUUUUACUGUUCCAUUUUAAAACUGCUUCAUACAGAAAGCAGGUUUAGCAUCUGUGGGAGUUGCGCACUGGAAAAAUGUUCCUUGUAUAAAAUUUGGAUGGUUA